CUGUUCCAUAUCAGCCAACUAUGAGUGGCGUUGAUUUGCAUUCGAUGUUCGAAGUGGAAGUGGGGAACCUUACAGAAAGCAACUUGACCUGCCAUGGAGACUGUAUCACCGUGGACUCGGUAUCAUGCCCGAAUACGCUCAACAAAAGCGCCCUGCUCUACAUCCUGGCUGUUUUUUACAUCUUUAUAUUCAUGAUCGGGCUGGUGGCCAAUUUCAUUGUCGUCUGGAUGAACUUCCAAGCCAAAACAACCGGCUAUGAAACCCACCUCUACAUCUUCAACCUAGCCGUUGCUGACCUGUGCGUGAUCCUCACUGUGCCCAUCUGGGUCAUCUCCCUUGUCCACCACGGCCAGUGGCACAUGGGGGAGGUCAUGUGCAAGAUCACGCUCCUUGUGUUUUCCAUAAAUUUGUACGGGAGCAUCUUUUUCCUGGCUUGCAUGAGUGUCGAUCGGUAUCUCUCGGUUGUCUACUUCGCUGCCUCCAACAGCGCUAAGAAGAAGAUCAUCCGCCGUUGCAUCUGCGUCUUUGUGUGGCUUUUUGCCUUUUUUGUGUCUCUUCCCGAUGCCUAUUACCUAAAGACAGUUUCGUCCAAUGGUGAAACCUACUGCCGGGCCCUCUAUCCGGAGGAGAACGCUAAAGAAUGGCUGGUGGGAAUGGAGCUGAGCUCUGUGGUUCUAGGCUUCGUCAUUCCCUUUCCUGUCAUUGCUGUUUUCUAUUGCCUUCUAGCGAGGACCAUUUGCGCCUCUAGUGACCAAGAGAAGAAGAGCAACGGGAAGAUAAUCCUCUCCUAUGUCGUCGUGUUCCUCGUCUGCUGGCUGCCGUACCAUGUGACCGUCCUGCUUGACAUCUUCGCGGCCCUCCAUUUCAUAUCCUUCAGCUGUCAGCUGGAGAACUUCCUUUACGCGGCCCUUCACGUGACUCAGUGCUUAUCCUUAGUUCACUGCUGCGUCAACCCCAUCCUCUACAGCUUCAUCAACCGAAACUACAAGUAUGAACUCAUGAAGGCGUUCAUCUUUAAGUACUCGGCCAAAACUGGCCUCACUAAACUGAUCGAUACUUCCAGGGUAUCAGAAACGGAGUACUCUGCGCUGGAGCAAAAUGCAAAAUGAUUACGGCUACCCAAAGGACUUUUAUCUUUUCGUGUUCAGUCUCUAAAUUUGGCUUAAUAAAAUACCAAUGAGUCAAUCGAUCCCGAAACUUGUAGCAGAACAUGAACUAUCGAAAACGCUGCAUUUUUAAAUGUUUUCUGGUGUUUUAUUUACGGCCAGAGAAUCCCUACUUUUUCCAGCUAUGGCUCGUACAGAAAAUGUGCGGUAAACAAAGUAUCUUGUAUUGAAGACAUUACUAGUUUUCCUUGUGCGUCUCUCUGACUGUGGACAGCCCAUUCCCAGCCAGAUUUAUUGACUUCACUGUAUACCUUUUACAGUGUGUAUUUAAAGAAGGCAGAACUCUAUUUUAUUGCUGUUCCUUUUUUUUGUAAUGGUAUUUGAAAAAUGAAAUAUAUUUUUUAUCAUAUAUAUGAAGCAUAUUGUCGGUGAAAUAUGUAAGGCUGUAGUUUUAAAAGUAGAUUUCUGUUCAGUGCGAUACCGUCAAGAACAGAACUGUUAACCAUUUGCUCCGUGAGGAUUAUACGUUCUUCAGAGUUGGUCUUGGCUAAAAUUCUAUGACAAAAUAGUUGUGAUAACAGUUUUAUUAUAAUACUCAUUAUAGUAUGUCAGUAUGUUAAGACGUGAAACAUAAUCCUGUCUCAUGUGUUUUCCUUCAGAGUGGCUCGU